AAAUUCGCUCCCCUACGGCUUCGCGUUCCUCCAGAGGCCGGUCUCUGUUUUAAAUCCCCUCUUCUUUUUCGCCUCAGAGCUCUCUCGCAUCGAUCCCUUGCUAGGUUCUGACUUCUUCUGGUGCUCUCUCUUUCUCAUCUUAUUCUCUCUUCUCUCUGGGCUUCAGAGGUUGUUGGGGUCUUCGGGUUCUUCGCCGCCGCCUUCGAGCAGAGCCUUUUCCGAUUGAACAGAGGUGUGGAUGUUUUAAUGGAGUCCAAAGGUGGCAAGAAGAAGUCUAGCAGUAGUAGUAGUUCAUUACAAUACGAAGUUCCCCUUGGCUACAGCAUUGAAGACGUUCGACCACACGGUGGAAUCAAGAAGUUCCAAUCUGCUGCAUACUCCAACUGCGUGAGAAAGCCAUCUUGAUAUCCCUACUGAUGACCUCUUUCAUAGAGUAGGAUUUCCCAAAUUUUUAGUUUGAUUUCUGCUUUAAACCAACUUCUCUGGCUAGCUGCUUUUCUGAUAAGCAAACCUCACUCUCAAUCUCCCUUCUCAUCGCACUCUCUUCUCCUUCAUCGACCACUCAUAUUCUCAUACUUCAUUCUGAUUCGAUGGCACAUUUGUUGGUUGAUUCACCAAACCCUUCUUUGGUCUCACCAAUUGGGUUUGAGGGAUAUGAGAAACGCCUUGAGAUCACUUUCUCUGAGGCGCCUGUCUUUGCAGAUCCCCAAGGCCGAGGCCUACGUGCCCUCUCACGGGCCCAGAUUGACUCAAUUCUAGAACUGGCACAAUGCACUAUCGUGUCUCAGCUCUCAAACAAGGACUUUGAUUCUUAUGUCCUCUCGGAAUCGAGUCUCUUUGUGUACCCGUAUAAGAUAAUCCUGAAGACCUGUGGGACUACGAAGCUCCUUCUGUCCAUUCCCAGAAUCCUGGAGCUUGCCAAGGAGCUUUUGCUUUCUUCUCUGUCUGCAAAGUACUCUCGUGGAACCUUCAUCUUCCCUGGUGCCCAGCCAUCUCCCCACCGCAGCUUCUCGGAGGAGGUUUCCAUCCUUAAUCAGUUCUUUGGUGGCCUCAAGUCCGGUGGUAAUGCUUAUGUGAUAGGUGAUCCAACAGCGCCCAACCGUAACUGGCACAUAUAUUAUGCCACUCAGAAGCCUGAGCCACCUAUGGUUACUCUUGAGAUGUGCAUGACUGGACUGAGCCCUAAGCGGGCAUCAAUCUUCUUCAAGAAUUCAGCGGUUGGACAUUCUUCUUCCUUUAAGGACAUGACAAUGCUCUCUGGGAUUUCUGAUAUCAUCCCCGAGAUGGAGAUAUGCGACUUUGAAUUCGAUCCAUGUGGGUACUCGAUGAAUGGGAUCUGUGACGCUGCUCUCUCCACAAUCCAUGUGACCCCCGAGGAAGGUUUCAGCUAUGCUAGUUAUGAAGCCACAGGGUUCAACCCUGGCUCAUUGGUAUGCAGGGACUUGAUCGAGAGGGUUCUCAGGUGCUUUGGCCCCUUGGAGUUCUCUGUCGCAGUUACUAUCUUUGGUGGGCGUCGGCUAGCAGGCACGUGGGCGAAGAAGGCGGAAAUAGAUGGCUAUGCCUGUAAUGAUCUGGUCGAGCAGGAGCUGCCGGGUGAUGGUCUGUUGAUGUAUCAGAACUUUGCUGCUUCUGCUGUUACUGCUGUGUCGCCAAGAUCCAUCCUGCAUUGCUGGGAAGGAGAUGUUAUGGAGAAAGCUGGCAAUGAUGAAAAGGCAGGAUACAGCUGGGAAGGUGAGGAGGUGGUGGAGGAGAAAGAUGGAAAAGAUAAGAAGAUGUUCUGAGAGGAUGGUUAUGGUAGUGAAAGCAAGUCUAUUCGUAUUUGCUUAUCUUUUGGCUUAAUUAGCGAAGCAGCCAGCCAGUCUAUUAGUAUUUGCUUAUUAUAUAUGGUAUUCGAGUCUGUUCGUGGUAUCUUACUUUCAUUUGUUGGGGUCUGAAUAAGAGCUCUGGGUGGCUUGCUGUGUCUGCCACAAUGAGCAGUUUGUUUGGAAUUUAAAGUCUUUGGUUUAGUGUUGUUUGAUGUUGUACCAUUUGAACCUUGAUAAAUUUAUAGUGCUCGAAUAAAUCUUUGUGAGGUUGGUUAUCUCUGGAUUUC